AUGCUCGGUGUUCUCGUCCAUGUCGUCGGCGACGCCAUCAACAACAUUGGGGUCAUCAUUGCAGCCGUCAUCAUAUGGCAGACACGUUCUGAGGCCCGGUUCUACGCUGAUCCGGCGGCGAGCAUGUUUAUCGCUAUAAUGAUCUUUAUCAGCUCCAUCCCACUAACCAAGAACUCGGGGGCUAUCCUGCUAGAGAGCGCCCCUCGAGGCGUCGAAAUUGACGAUGUGAAGCAUGAUCUUGAACAGAUCCCUGGGAUUGAAUCAGUCCAUGAGCUGCACAUCUGGCGGCUCGACCAGCAAAAGGCCAUUGCGUCCGCCCACGUUGUCGUCUCGGACCAGUCCAUGUCAAACUUCAUCGAGAAGGCCCGCACCGUCAACGAAUGUCUCCAUGCCUACGGCAUCCACUCGUCCACCCUGCAACCAGAGACGGCCGAGGAAUCGACCGAGGCUCCGCAGGAUGCUACUAGCACCGCUGUCACUACUGUUGCUGCAAGUUCUGGCAGCGUCUCCGACGGCGUCGGCUCUGCUCUUAGGAGGAGGAGGCUCGACCCGGCGGCCUGCCAGAUGAUUUGCAGCAAUCUGUGCCACAAUUUGAUGUGCUGCACCAAGAUUGAGACCUGA